AUGGCAACUUUCCUUGCCCUGGACACCUACGAAGUCCUGCCACGUGGUGCUAGGUCGACGACAAAGAAAAUGUCUCUCGCAGGAGUAGACGGCGAGGCCGCAGUCGCAAAGACCGCAGCCGCAGCCGGGAUCGCAGAGACCGGAAUCGUCGGGAUCGACGCAGACCAUCACGUUCUCGAUCUCGAGACAGAGAUCGAAAACGUCACGAGAAGGAGAAGAGCGACGGAAGCCCAGCAAAGCAGGUGCAGGAAGGCACAAGUUCGAGGUGACGGAGGUGUUGAGGCUUCGUCCGCUUCCCCCAUGUGCCAGCUCCAGCAAGACAUCCAGCGGCAACUUUUAGAGGAACAGGAAAGACAAGAGAAGCAGCGGCAGCAUGAGCUCAAACUUCAGAAGGAACUUGAAGAAGAGCACAAGGAACUUGAGCUGCUUUGCGAGCAGUCACAGCAUGCGCCGCAGGACGUCCCGCUACACACAAGCCAGUCUGUUUUCGAAGGAUCGGGGGUGGCUCGAGACCCGGUUGCGGCCGACCCACACCCAGAAGAGAAGCUGAAACUUGCCGACGACGGAGGAGCAAAAGGAGAUCAAGAGCAGGAUUUGGCCGAGGGAAGGACAGGCGAGAUUGAUGGAAGCAUCGCCGAGGAACAAAAAGCCAGGAUCCAGACGAAAGGAGACUCCGGGCAUGACAAGAUGAGGACAGAUGACGUGCAGCAAGAAGGCCAGCAGCAGUCAGAGGGCGUACAAACAGCAGCAGCGAAAGAGACGGCCAAGCUUAACUCAAAGAGCAAGGACAAGAAACCGGACGUGGAUAAGACGAAGGACAAGGACUGUUACGCAGAAGGUGCCAAAGAUAAGGGCAAGCAGAAAGACAAGGAGAAGAAGAAGGAGGACACGGCAGAAACGGGGGGCAAAGAGGCGAAGAAAGCGGAGACGAAAGACAAGGAGAAGAAAAAGAAGGAGGACACGCCAGAGACGGGGGGCCGUGAGGCGAAGAAAGCGGAGACGAAAGACAAGGAGAAGAAAAAGAAGGAGGACGAGACGGGGGGCAGAGAGGCGAAGAAAGCGGAGACGAAAGACAAGGAGAAGAAAAAGAAGGAUGACACGCCAGAGACGGGGGGCAGCGAGGCGAAGAAAGCGGAGACGAAAGACAAGGAGAAGAAGGCCAAGGAGGAUGCGAAGGACAAGCAGAAAAGAAAAGAUGAGACAAAGGAGAAGGAAAACGUCAAUGAGGAGACAAAGGAGAAGGACAAGAAAAAGGAGGCGACGAAGGAAAAGAAGAAGAAGGAAGAGACAAAAGAGAAAAAACAGGAUACAUCGGACAAGAAGGAACCAAAGCAAAUCAAGGGGAAGACAGAGCAGCGCGAGAAGGAGAAGACGAAACAAGAUGGUGAGACCCCGAAGGAUAAGGAUCAGCAAAGCGAGCAUGCCAAGGAUACAGGUGCCAAAAAGAGAAAGAAGGAUGCAACCACAUGA